UCUGCACAAGAGAGAGAUCAUGGUACACAGAAAAUGGAACAUGGAAGCUUUAGGAGGGGGAGGGGGCUGCGAUCUACUUACUCGAUCCAAGAGUUUCACCACCCUCUCAUCCCACCCACAAUCAUUUGAGCCACCCCAUUUGCACUGCCCUUCUCUCUCUACCUCACUCUCUCACUCUCUUCUCUCUCUCAUGAUCUAUAUAACAUGCGCCCGGCCUUUGCUUGUUGCCUGCAUAUAAUUCUGUUCCUCGCUUGCUUCUCCUUUACUUAUUUAGCCACUCCUCCAUCAUCACCUCCACGACGCCUGCCUACGCUGCUACUACAAAAGACCACACGCAAGCAAGCAGAGUCACAUCACACCACUGGCUAGCUCCCCAGCUCAGCCAAUUCUCUCCCAUAAACUAUUUCUUGGAUCCCUUGAGAGAGGAUCUAGAGCAGCAGUGGGAUCUGCGUGCGCGCACCAGCUUCGAUGGGCCUCGAUGUCGCGGAAAUCUCUGAAUUGGCGGCGCUCCGGCCGAUCCAGACGGCCGCGAGCGGCGCCCGGGCCACGUCAGUACCGGGGGAGGACGACGGCACUGCCGUUGCCGACACUGGCUGCGUCACGCCGAUGGCGAGCGGCGCGCAAUCGGCCAUGGCAGGGGGAGUCGACGACGAUGACGCAGCCGCCGACACUGGCUGCGUCACGCCGAGGUCGAGCGGCUGCAUGGCCAUGCUGCCAAUUGCGCCACUGCAGCAAGACGACGGCGCCGAAGUCGGCUUCGCCACACCGCUGGCCACGGGUGGAGUAAUUGGGCAGCGAGACGGCUGCGCCGCUGCGGGCGACGAGAACAGCUUCACCACGCCGACCACGGCCGACAGCGCGCUGUUGCCGGCGACGGUGUGCCCGCCGGCGCCGUGGAAGUCGGCGCCGGUCCCGACGAGGAAGCGGGCGCCGCUGCAGCAGCGGCUCUUCUUCUACCCGGUGCCACACGACCUGGCCACCGUCUUCGUUGCCGUGCCGCAGUGCCCGCCGCCCGCCAAGAAGAUGCGGGCGCACGUGGUGGAGUCAUCUGUGCCUCUAGGCACGUGAGAGGCGCAAUUCGCGCACACACAUCCUCUGUCUCGUUCAUGUAGUUCAGCACUUCACACGCUGACACGCAUGCUGAUGCUGCGCGCCAUUGUCGCGACCGCGAGUGGACGAAGGAGUUCUUCAGAGAAGCGGAAGCGAGCAAGUCCAUACACGAGCAAGGGCUCUCCAGCGGACGAGCGCGCAAGACAAGAAGACGUUGUAGUUGAAUCACUCUCAACUCCCCUCGACUGCUGUGAGAUCUGCGGCAAACACACACGGAACUACUACUACUCUACUAGUAGCACUCAAGUUAAGCUCAACCCCUCAGCUCGCUCGCUCGCUCGCUCUCUCUCUCUCUCUCUCUCUCUCUCUCUCUCUCUCUCUCUCUCUCUCUCUCUCUCUCUCUCUCUCUCUCUCUCUCUCUCUCUUGUUUCUCACAUGUACAAAUACACGACCUGUUUUGGUGACUAGCUUGCUGCCUCACACGGUCAAAGUCUGUUCUAUUGUUGAUGCACUACAAGUUUGCCUUAUAAAUGAUAGGCAUACAAGGCUAUUUGUAUUUGUAGCCUUUCUGGUUUCUCAAACUGACAUAAACAUGAAGUGUGGC